CGAAAAAGCGGUCUGACUGGUGUGCUAAUCAGUAACAGAGCCUGUGUGGAAUGGAUAAACGUGUGCAUUUAGCACACGAACGAAGCCAUUUUAUUUACUGUUUGAAGAUGUGCCUUUGAAGCGUGUAACAGAUAUUGCCUGUAGAGUCAGAUUGGAGCGUCUCCUUUCAGACGGCUUGUCAUGGAGAAGUCAUGGAGGUUUUGGGGAAUCCUGAAGCGAUGUCUGCUGACUGUGGGCUCCUGGGUUUGGGGAGUUUGUCGCAUCUCGCUGCUGGCUCUUAUCCUUACCUUCCACCUUUAUGGAGGCAUCUUGUUGCUGUGUCUCAUCCUGGCCUCUGUAGCUGGGAUCCUGUACAAGUUCCAGGAUGUGCUGCUGUACUUCCCUGACCAGCCUUCCUCCUCACGCCUUUAUGUUCCCAUGCCUACUGGAAUUCCAAAUGAGAGUGUCUAUAUACGCACUAAAGAUGGGGUGCGGCUCAACCUGAUUUUGCUGCGCUACACGGGUGAAAAUCCUGCCCUAGUACCCACCAUUUUGUAUUUUCAUGGCAAUGCAGGGAACAUCGGACACCGUGUGCCCAACGCGCUGCUCAUGCUUGUUAACCUAAAAGCUAACGUGGUUCUGGUAGACUACAGAGGUUAUGGAAAAAGUGAUGGUGAACCAAGUGAAGAGGGCCUUUAUCAGGAUGCUGAGGCCACACUGGACUACGUCAUGUCACGGUCUGACAUCGACAAGACUAAAAUCGUGUUGUUUGGCCGCUCUCUGGGGGGCGCCGUGGCCAUCAGGUUGGCGUCAGUCAACCCCCACCGCGUGGCAGCUAUAAUGGUGGAGAACACGUUCUUGAGCAUCCCACACAUGGCGUCCACGCUCUUUUCCUUCUUCCCCAUGCGCUACCUGCCCCUUUGGUGCUAUAAGAACAAAUUUCUUUCUUACAGGUACGUGACGCUGUGCCGCAUGCCCUCCCUUUUCAUUUCGGGUCUGUCGGACCAGCUCAUCCCUCCUGUCAUGAUGAAACAGCUAUACGAGCUGUCGCCUGCACGGACUAAGCGCCUCGCCAUUUUCCCUGAAGGAACGCACAACGACACCUGGCAGUGCCAGGGUUACUUCGCUGCUCUUGAGCAGUUUAUGAAAGAGCUGCUUAAGGGCCAUGCGCAAGAAGAGGCGUCCCAGGGCUCAGCAAGUGUCACCAUCAUCUAGAAACUGCUUCCACUACUACUAAAGUGGAUCUGCUGUAAUAGAAUGUUCAUUUUUACACUCGUUUCCCCUAUUCCUCCACUCCAUUCGAGCACUUAAUUUUCAGUGAUUAUUAUAAUGAGGAUGUGUGUGUGGAUUGUGAUUGGAGGAGGAUGCAUUUUUAAAUAUCUUCAAAGCUUUCAGUUAAAAUAUGAAUGCAUGAAUGAUCCACUUCUGUAAUGUAAUGUCUUCUUAUUCUUCAUUUUCACACACUCAUUUGUACUGACUGUACAGGCCUUUUAUACAGAGACUUUACCAUCCAAAGUAUACCAAAUGAUCAUUCACUGGCACAUCUUGCUGUGUAAUAAAGAUACUUGCCUAAUAAUGUCAGGCAGAGUGUUAAAUA